AUGCUGCCGGCGCUCACCACCAAGCCCAAGCAGGCGGUGCGCCAGGUCAAAGGCUUGACGAAUGACUCGAUCGACUCGUACUCGAACACGCCGCUAGGAGGCGGCUCGGGGAUCGGCGGCGGACUGGUGGCCACGUACGUGGAUAACACCGAGUCCGGCAGCGCGACAGCGCGUGGGUCACCGCUGUCGACCAGUCGAUCGACUGUCAACACCGCGCGGACGACAAACGGUAAGCCCGCUAACGAAGACGGAGCGACGAUGGCUCGAGUGGUGCGAGACCGCAAGGCUUCGGGGGAGGAAGAGCUGUCGCUACGUACGGGGGACAUCGUCAAGGUGCUGUCCUCAAAGCGCACGGGGUACCUCAAAUGCGAGGCCGGAGACGAAGUGGGCUACGUGCCGUCCUCCUACUUGGAGUUCCUUGACAGCGCGGCAGACGCAGACAGUGUCAAUAGCAAGGACAAUGCGGCGGAUGAAGAGGCUCAACGAGCUGCUGAGAAACAGCGCAGGAAGCAGAAGAAGGAGAAGAGAAAGAAGGAAAAACGCGAGGCCAACGACGCGAGUGAACCCGAGGAGGCAGCCCCCGUCACAGCUCGAUCUCCUCGUAAGGAAGCGACCACCAAUGCGGAGGACGAAGGCAAUGAAUCUCCACGCAAGAGCAGUAGGAAGAAGAGUAAAAAACACCGUCAAGACCGUGAAGCAGCAGGGGAUGAAAGCCAACGAGGGGGAGCUGAGGAGCCGUCGAGCAGUGCCAGGUCCCGCGCUGCGCCGGAGGACACGGAGCGGUCUCGAAGUAAGAGUAAACACUCCAAGAAGAAGCGUCAUCGUGAUGUAGAUAGCAGUGAGUCGAGUGAGAGCGAUGGAGGCAAGCGUAGUGGCCGACAUGGGCGUCGUCGCCGCCAUCGUCGUGGAUCGAGCGAUAGUGAUUCCGAGUCAACAUCUUCCGACGAUUCCGAUGCGAGCUACCGACGGAGACGACGUCGUCGUCGACACCGACACCGACGAAGCUCCAGUGAGGAAGACGCUGAGGACGACAGCGACUACAAGCGGCGCUCUAGGCGCAGCAAGAAGCGUCGGGACAAGAACGACAACGAUUCCGAGCCUGAGGAGGGAUCUCGGUCGGCUCGGAAGGCCGAGAAGAAGAAGCAAGCGGCGACUCUGCAGGAGGUGGAGAAGGGGGUGAGCCAGCUAGACAUGAAGUCGGACGAGAAAGCAGCGGAGGCCAAGACCACCGCGUCCAGCAAGAAGGAGGAGCCCGACCGAGACCGAGGAAAGAAGGACGAGACAGAACGCAGCGAGGGCUCGUCGGAAGGGCGGGCGACCAACGUGUCAUCGAGUCGGAAAGACGACGAAGGUCGCACGAGCUCCACCACGUCGUCUUCCAAGCAGAACGGCAGCAAGUCGACGCUGGGGAGACAAAUCGGCGAGAAGAUGCGGUCGUUCCUGGGUGGCGGCAGCAAGAAGCAGCACAGCAGCAAGAACUCGAGCGGCAUCCUCAACGCGUGUCCGGGUACCGUUCAGGGCGAGGAAGGAUGGUACGAGCACGGCGAGAAUGAGCGCUACUACUUCGUGCUCGUAGACGGCAAGUGGAGUCUUCUCUACGGACCCAUGACUGAGGACGACUUCGAAGUGUUCUCCAACCGGGUGUUGGAGCAAAAUCGCGCUAUCGAGCUGCCGCCGACAUAUCUGCACAAGUCCGGCUACUAUCUCAACCGCGAGCUGCGUGUGCAGAGGGAGCAGUAA